CACGUAGAAAAUGGUUGACGCACCUUGGUAUCCCGUCGGCAGUCCCUAAAUAAUAAUAAUAAUUCUCCCAGUGAAGCAAAAAGUGUUAUCCCGAGAAUAGUUAAACCACCGAUUAAUCAGCCAGGCGUGUGACAAUUUUUUCACUGAUUAAAUAUUAAAAAACUGUGGAAAAAAUUAACGGACACGAUGGAGAAACGGCAGGAUGGGCUGGCUCCGUUUUCCUCUGAUGAAUGUCCAAACAGCGGUGAAGACAGUGACGAGGAUGUAGUGACAGAUUACCUGAACUCCGAGCAGACAGACUGCAGUAAUGCAUCAGCUGUGAAUGGUGAACUUGUCUCGACAAUUGAUGGAACUAAUCACCAAACAGCUGAUUAUACCAAAGAUAGCAAGUUGGAUGUAGCAAUGGCCGAGGGAAGUGAUGAGCGUCGCAAUCCCCAGAGUCUGGGUAUCACGAGAAAUCAGCAGAAUCCUCUGGUACCAACGAUCAGUGUAACUCCACACUCACCAGGAUUGGCCAAGCACUACCCAGUCCUGGAGGACAAUCUCCAGCAGUUGAAUGAAAUACACAGCAGUAUCCAACGUAUGCGUGAUUUGACUCUCUGCACUGUUGGCUACAGGCUGCUGUCACAGUCGGACAAUCUCCAGAGGUUGAGCUCAUCUUGCCCAUCGCUCUGUCCUCUGGGAAGAGCACCAACUGGUGACAGAGCUCCUGGCUCUGAUCCCGAUCUCGCCAAUUGCUCCACCAACAGUUCGCCCACACAUUUUCCACAGGGACAACUGCCUCCAGGUAUGCUGGGGGUGGACAGGAGGAGGAGCUGGACUGAUCUCGAGGAGAGCAGACAAAAUCGACAUCGGUGUGGGGUACAGAAUCAUCUCCAGGCACAGAAUAUGCGACAGCGGAGCAUCAGCCUAAGUAGCCUUGACAGUGAAAUGGACCUCGAAAUUGAUGGAAAAUCAAGAUCACCGUGUGCUAGUGUGGCAAAUCGAUCCUGCAGGUCUCAAACCAGCACUCACUCGCUCAAUGAAGCUGAUUUUGUUCAGAUUGAUCCACACAAGUCGGGGGUGAAACGAGUUAGCCAAAGACUAACAGAGACUGUGAACUUGUUGCCGGGAGUGACUGGAUCACGUUUACCACUCCAGAAAUCCAUCUCGACUCCAUCAAUCAUCGGACCACCAGGACAGGCUCCUCUGUGCGAGGGAACGAGAACAACACCUUCUCUAGCCACCAGAAGACACGAACGAAACGAGAAAGGUAGUGGAAGUGAAACUGAGACCGAGGAUCCACUCCACAGUCAUGCAUAUCAUGGUGAUAUUAUUCGUGAGGGUUCCCUCAAUGCCCAAACCUCCCUCGACGAGCUCAUGACCGAUGGAGUCGUCUACGAUGAUCAUCACUCAGAGAAAACUCGGAGAAAGCGAGGAUCCCUGUUCUUCAGAAAGAAAAAGGAUAAGAGUGGAAAGAAGCCUAGUCAGACUCAUCACUGGGUGGCAAUGACUGUCCAAGGGAAUUACAUUUGUGAUUAUUGCAUGAAACAGUUUGGAAAUAAAUCAGUUCUCCUCUGCGAAAGCUGUGGAGUUAUGGUACAUCAGAAUCAAUCGUGCAAGGAUCAGAUGCCGAAUGAGUGUGUCAAGCCGAAAAAUAAUUCCCACAAGGGUUCUACAAAGUCAAUGUCGAGUGUAUCAAUAGUGACGAGCAGUGGACACGUAAAAAGAGGCUCCACAGUAUCAUUACCUCCAUCAACAUCAACCGGUCCAAACAGGGAAAUAACCAACAAGAAAACGGUGACAAACUACAGCCCUUGGCGACGUGUCGCCACUAAACUUGGAGUCAACCAAUCGAUUAGCGAGGAGAAAGACGGAGAGGGACAACGUGAAAUUGUCAGUGCGUGGGAGGAGUUCGACUUCGGUGAGGAGGUGCACCAGCUGUCAGUGGGUGACAUCGAGGGUUUGGAUCCAGAGCUCGGUCUUGGUGGUGACGAGCCGGACUCCUGGAGUGCAGCAAUCGGUCGUAGCGAUGCUCUGCGUCUUGUAAAUGGCAAUGAUCGUGAAGUUAAACGGCAAGAGCACAUCUACGAAUUUGUUCUUACAGAGAAGCACCACUGCCUGGUGCUCCUAGCAAUGGAGAGAAUAUUUGCGGAGGGUCUUCGUCGUUAUUUCCGCCUGACGCCCCCGGAUCUCGAGCGAAUGUUUCCCCGUCUGCGAGACCUCAUCGACAUCCACUUGAAAUUUCUCCUAAAAUUACGGAAAAGACAGAGGGCAAAUCUGGUGGUCCCCACAAUUUCGGACAUCCUCGUUGAUCAAUUCUCCUUCGAGACCUCCACCCGAAUGAAAAGCGCCUACGGAGAAUUUUGCAGUCGUCACAGGGACGCUGUUGAUUCGUACAAAUAUUACCUGCGCAAUGAUCCACGUUUUUCUCGUUUUGUCCGCCAGUGUCAGACGAAUCCCCUCCUCAAGAAGAAAGGAAUCCCCGAGUGCAUACUCUUCGUUACCCAACGUCUGACAAAGUAUCCACUCCUGGUGGAGCCCCUCAUCAAAACAUCAACGACGAACGACGAGAGGGGCGAUUUACGCAAAGCCCUGGGUCUCGUCAAGGAGAUUCUCGCUGACGUUGACGCUUGCGUUGCAAACAAAGAGCGUGAAGAUCGAAAACUUGAGAUUUACAAUCGAAUCGAUGCCAAGUCAUCGGCCACCCAUCGAGAUGCUAAAUUCAAGAAAUCCGAUCUGAUGGCUUCCAACCGUGUCCUCAAAUUCGAGGGCAAUGCCUACCUCAUGCAGGGCCGGGGCAAAAUGGCAUCAGUCGUUGUUGUUGUCCUCUCCGAUGUUCUAUUUUUCUUAAAUGAAACACGAGAUCAGAAGUAUGCGUUCUUUGUACCUGAGAAUAAAGCGGGUGUUGUGUCUCUGCAGAAGCUUCUGGUUCGUGAGAAAGCGGGUCAGGAGUCACGGGGAAUUUAUCUGAUCAGCAGUAAUCCAAAGGAGCCAGAGAUGUUUGAGCUGAAGGUGCAGAAACCCAAGGACAAGCAGAUUUGGAUACAAUCGAUCAGGGCAGCGGUGGAGGCUUGCCCCCAGGACAACGAUUGCGAAAGCGAUGGAUUUGAUCGUGGUGCUAUUGCCAGUGAUAUAUCACGAUCCGGGAGCUCAGCAUCGUCGAUGCUGACGGUCGACGAACGCCAGAGAAUUGCAAAAGCCAAGGAGAAUCAUAUCCUCGGGAUCGUUGGAGAAUUGAGAAAAAAGGAUACUGAACAGGCACUUUUACUCGAGGAGAAGCUUGCACUGCAGAUGCGACUGCUGUAUGCAGCAAGUGUUUGCAGUGAUAAUGAUAAUGAGAGUGAGACGAGGGAGAGAGAGAGAUCUGAAAGGUGUGAGAAGGACGUGGAUUACACGAGAUUAGUGAGAAACGAGGGUACAGAUUCAGCACAACUUUGGCAGGAGGUUGUGGUUGCUGUGAGAGAAGUUACGAAACUGGCGAGUUCAUUGUCUUUCAGUGCUGGUGGUGGUUCACUGUCGAGGAGCUUGAGUUCAGCUGGUGAACGACACAGUGAGGCUUAUGUACCACCAGCUCUGUGCGUACCCAGGAGAGCCGAGACAUUCGCUGGUUUUGAUCACAACAAGGAGAGAUAUCCCUGGAGGGAUUCAGCUGCACUGCACUCGGUUAUGUCACCACCUAAGGCGUGUGAUCUGCUCAAAGGAAGGGAUAAAAUUGACAGGCCUGACGACGAGGGGCACGAUAUCAAUAAGGAUCAGCAGUUGGUUGCAAUCAGACUAUCUCAUUACGUGUACACACUUUUAUGCAUAAUAAGUAAUCAGAUGACGACAAUAGACAGUCUUCAGGCGCAGUUGAGUGCCUCGAAGGAUUGGUGUGGUACGUCAGCAGGUGGUAAAUCAUCGAGCCAGAAUAGACCCAACUCGAAUCGUCAGCUUGAGGAGCUCAGAAAUCUCCAGGAUCAGUUGAGUCGAGAGAAGGCUGCAUUCAGAGCUAUGACACAGCAGGAAAAGAUGCAGAUGCAGGAGGAGAGGAAUGAGCUAUCGAGGCUCAGGGAGCAGUUGGCUGCUGAGCAGAGGGAUGUAACACAGCAGAGGGAUCAGUUGUAUCGAAGGCUGGAGGCUUUGGAGAGACAAGGGGUCUCUCUUGUCGCGCCAUCAACAGCUAAUCCCUCAGCUGCAGGCCAUGGGCAUUCCUCUCACACCUCCCACUCCUCUCAUUUAUCUCAUGGCUCACAAGGUGACACACUCCUCCAGAGAAAAUCCCUGCCUGAUGCCAAGAGAAUACCCCUGAACCUCAUCAGUGCCACCAAUCAGCAAAAAGCAUCCAGUAUUCCACCAGUUAAGCAACAACUCCCUCUCAAACUUGCCAGUGGCAGCAACAACAAUACCACCAGACACAGCACUGGCACCAACAACAGCCCAGACAGACACUCGAGGACAUCGAGCAGUCCUGCAGCUGUCACAUCAUCCACCUACUCGUCAGAGCUUGGCAAUCACAAUAAUGGCAAUACCUGUCAGCUUAAUCGAUCGCUGAGGAUCAAUAAAUCACCAACCGAAUCAUUUCAUCAUCUCCAUCAUUCACAAUCUCACUCACAAACCCACUCUCAUCAUCAGGGACAUCAGCGAGGUGAUGUGCAACCACAGGGACAUCAGCAGAAAGCUGAGCCUCAACCACCGCUCGAGGAGGAGGUUAUCUUCUUCUGACGACUCUUUCGAUUUGGCCGAAAAUCGACGCGUCCACCUAGAGCUGUUGACACACCAACUUCCUCAGGUACUCCUGUCUCCACUCCAACACCCACCCGCAGUCAGUCCAAGGACUCGCAGAGCAGGAGUCGUGUCAAGUCAUUUUGACUUUCAGAUUGAGAAUGGUGAGGUAUUUAACAACCGAAUUCAAUAGAGUAUUUCAAUCGAGUAUUAGGAGACCACGUGGUCGCAGUAAAUUAGUGCUCAUCUUGUUGCUUAAACCGUUAAUAUUGUUGAAGAAAAUGAUGAAAUCGACUGAAAGUUCUAUUAUAUUAACGUUUUCACGUAUUGCAACGUCAAUAUCCACGUAUGAAUUCAUUACUGGGAUUAUUUUCUUCGGAGAUGGUGUAGGUGAUCACUCGAUUCACAAGAAUUCCCGGAAAAACUGAGGAUAAAUUGUGUGUAUGUGGUUUUUUCAUUAUUUGAGGACAUGCUCAUUCUCCAGAAUGAUUGUAUAACGAUUUUUGUAUAUAAUGACGCAGUGUGCAUUAAUUUCAGGUGAUUAGGACUUUUUUGGGGGACAUAUGAUGAUUUUGUGGAGAAGCAGCAUCAAGUCAGUUCGAUUUGAUGUUGAUUAUUUGACUUGGGGGUGUGGAAACACCGGUGGAUCAUUAUUUUUGAAAAUGUGAGACAGUAUUAAUGCAAUGCACACUGCUUAUUAGUGAGGCACUCUUGAUUAUGUGGAAAAUGCCCACCUGAGGUGAUUAUUUUUCAGUUGUUCUAUGUUUAAUUAAUGGUUAAACGAUGCAUUUAAUGAAAAGACUUAAUAUUAUUGACAAUCGAAUCUCAUCCGGCAAUUAAGAGUUUUGUCGUAUUUCAAUUUUAAUGAGUGUCUCACGGUUUAAGUAAUCAAUCAGUAUCUGUAGACUUUUCGUAAUGAAUUUAUCGCACGUUGUAGAUGUGCGAAAAAAUAAUAGAUGACUUUUCUUUACUGGUACUUUAAUACGGAAAAUCAUUAGGAGAACAUUCAUCAGAGAUUGAUGAGGACAGUCUGAUGAGGGCAAUUGUGCCUCGAAUUUUAUUUUAGUUCGGAUUAUACAGUUUUGUUUAAGGCAAGAUUCAACAUUCCUUUCGCAUUUAUUAUCAUAUCAUUCCGACAUUUUAUUUAGGAAUUUCAUUGGAAAAUGAAGAAAAGGCUGGAUUAUCCACUGCCAUUGUUGUUAUUUGACAAUUUUUCUUUUAAAAUUGACACACAAAAAAUUGUACGAGAUUUGUUGAAAUAAUUGUUUUUUGAUAAUUGAAAAUUAAGGAAUUUGAGGGAUUAAUUGCAUCAGUUGGAAAUAUCUGGGGAUUUUUCUACUCUUGGCCUCGAUAUAUUUCCAAAUUGCAUUUCUCUGUUCCAUUGAAUGAAAAAAAAAAUUGUUUGUCUCCUUGACGCAUUGUCAUCGAAAUGAUUUGGUGAUACGUUAGUCAACGUGCCAGUGUGCAAUAUCAAUAAAAAGAUUAUUUAGAAACUCGAGAGGUGGGGAGAGAACUUAAAGAUGAACUAAACGAUGAGAAUUCAAUUGCUACAAUAAAAUGAAGAAGCGAAACCAAUUCAGUAGCGAGGAGGCAAGGGGCGAGUUGAUUUUGAUAAUACGUAUCUUUUCAGGGAGUCUAAGGGAGUUGAGGAAAUUUGGGAAAGAAUCUCUUUGUAGAUCUUAUUCUAGUCCACAAAAGAAUUCAGAGAUAAUCCCGAAAGUCCGACUGGGGAAAACGUCGACACGUCACUUGUUCGAUUUAGCUAAUAAUUAAAUUUUUGAAUUUUUAGUUUAUCCCUGAAUCUAAGGGGGAUUGAAAAAUAUUUGUUAUGACCUUUUUUGUAGAUUUCAUUCAACUCUACAAAUGAGUAUCUGAUAAAAUUUUCGCUAUCCCUCUUGGAUUUCGAGAUAUUUUUCGAAAAUAAUUUCUCAAAAACGACUGAAAGCUCAACUUUUCAUUCUUACAUCUUCGGUACUGAAUUGUUAAUUGACAUUAUCCGCAAAUCAAUCGUGAUGACAAUAGAAAAUACGGUUAUACAGUAAUCAAUCGGUUGAUGAAAACCCAUUAUGUAUGGUGAUAUGAUGGAAGAAUGAAAGUCAAGUGGAAAAGUGGAAAAGUGAAAAACUGAUGAACCACUUUGUCAAGAUAAAUGAUGAAAAUAAUUGUGAAAAUAAAGCUCGUUGUUAACUCGCAAUGUUGUGUGCACGUGAAGACAUCCAAGUUCGUUAAUAAAUAAAUAAAAAUAACAGCAUUUAAUGAUUACUAAUUCGUAAGUUUCGGGAGUAAGAUGUAAUACUGAUUAAUUCAGCUAGACAGGGCGUCAUAUUUGACUAGAUAAUAUUUAGCCCGAUAAAUUGUAAAAUAAUUCAUAAUUAUUCAUAAUGAGAGAUGAAUCAUUCCAGUUUUAAUUAGCUCAAGGCUAAUCUCUCUUGCGCUCAUUGAGGACUUCGAAUGAAUUUCCAUCAGUCGCUUCAUUAUUUUCUAUUCUGUAAAUCUUUUAAACUUGAAAAUACUGUGUUAUGUCACGACUGAGUGACCAAAUGACGUUUGAUAUGUCGUCCUUUUAUUCUACUAUUGUUAUGUGAGGAAAAUGAGGCGGGAGAAAACAUAAAAUUUGAUGGAAAGUGGUAAAAAGUCAUCAGUCGAUUGUAUUUAGUGAUUCGAUUUAUUCAAAAAGUUAUUCCAUUCGAUAUUUAUCGCAGAAACUUAUCGGUGUGGGGAAUUUCUAUUCACUCGGAUGAAAAUUUCACUGGUAUUGACAUUUUAUCACUUUCCACUGCAAAUAUAUUAUAUAUAAAUAAAAAUUCCUGAAACAUGACAUAAAAUGUCGAAAACUGUUGACUUGAUAUCGAGUUCUAUCGGCCUAGCUCUGUUCAACUCUUCAUUAAAAUAUCCGUUGGACUGGAUUUCACUUGGAACAAUCGUCGCAUUCUCUGGGAAAGAUGACAGAUAAUAAUUAUGUAAAAAAAAAAGAGAAUAAUAGCAUUGAGCAUUGAAAGAUUAAUUAGAACGGAGUUAUGUGAAUGGAUAUUUCACGAAUCAAGUAUUUUUGUACGUUUACCUGUACUUUUCAAAAAUGAAAAAAAAAUGGAGACAAAAAGUAAUAGCUGAUACUUGUAUCUAUUGUUAUUGUGAUAAUGGAGAAAUCGAUAAUCACCCUUUGCUUGAAUUUUUUAAUCUCCAUAAUUAUUAAGAUAAUUGAAUGUGUGGGUGGUUAAUUCAUACAGCAGAAGAGAAAUUCUUGAAAUCCACUGCACCACCUGUUAAUCUUCAAUUUUUAAUCCUCACGUUUAAUUCCUUGAUUAAUUCGCGUACUGCAUGUUCGAAAAUCUCGAUUGAUUAAAGAAAAAUAUUCAAUUCCCACACGAGA